ACGUGGCAAGUCAUAAUUGGUAACAACCAAAACACUCCGUCCCAACUCUCUACAACUCCACAGUCCACACUCAAAACUCAAAAGCUCACAGUAAUCUUCACCAGAGAUCCAAUCUCUCAGAGUCCACAUUUCACCGGAAAAAACAUUUCUUAAAAAAUCCUCAUUUUCCAUGGCAAAUGCAUGGAAAAGAGACAACGGCAAAACCCAAAAGCUCCUCUCACCCAAAACCCUCCUUUCCCUCCUUCUCCUCUCCCUCUUCCUCUACCUCUCCUUCUCUUUUCUUUCCCCAAAAAACCCCACCUUUAUUCCCACUACUCCCUCUUAUAAGACCCAAAAAACUGCUCAAAAUUUCCCAAUCCCUCCUUUUAAUUGCCACAAUUCCCCACAAUCCCAUCCCAUUAUUGCAAACACUGUGGAAAAUCUCAAAUACCCCUUCAUUUACUCCCUAGCUGACUUGGGUUCCUUCCCAGACAAGCCUCACAAGAACAUUGUGAGACUUCUUAAAGGUAAGCCCUUUCGUCGACCUGACAUCUCGGCCACCAUUCAGGAUAUCCUGGAAGGGAAAAACAGAGAUGGGUUUGUCGUGGAUGUUGGUGCCAAUGUCGGGAUGGCGAGUUUCGCGGCGGCGGUUAUGGGGUUCAAGGUAUUGGCUUUUGAGCCGGUUUUGGAGAAUUUGCAAAGAAUAUGUGAUGGGGUUUGGUUUAAUAGGAUUGAGGAAUUGAUUACUAUUUUUGAAGCCGCCGCAUCUGAUCGGAAUGGAAAUAUUACUUUCCAUAAGUUGGUUGGCCGGCUUGACAACAGUGCUGUUUCUGCUGUUGGUGCGAAGUUGGCAUUCAAGUCCAAUGAAGAAGUAGCAGUUCAAGUGAGGUCCAUCUCUCUUGAUGACCUAAUCCCAGAGUUGGAGCCAGUGCUUCUGCUUAAAAUAGAUGUUCAGGGAUGGGAAUACCAUGUACUGAAGGGAGCCAAAAAGUUAUUAUCCAGGAAAAAAGGUGAAGCCCCUUAUCUGAUCUACGAGGAAGAUGAACGACUGUUGCAAGCAAGUAACAGUACUGCCAAAGAGAUACGGAACUUUCUAAGUAGUCUGGGUUAUAGUAAUUGCACCCAGCGUGGUACAGAUGCUCAUUGCACCAAGAAUUAAUGCAAAUACCACGAAUUUGCUAUGGAUGAGAACCCAACUGCAAAUCUGUUUAUUUGCAUGCCGUUUCUCUCAGCCCUUAGGCAGUGCAAUGCAGUUCAUCCCAGUAGAAAUUUCUUCAUUUUGAAGUUAAACUGAAGCUGAUAAAUUGCUCUAACAAUAGCCCUCUGCGCUUCUCUUUGUUUCAUAAUUGAAUGGUUAAUGGCAGCUUUUUAAUGCGCAGAGUGGUAAAUGGUCUGGUUGGAUGAAACCGUUGUUGAGUUCUUAUCUCAUGCUGGUAGAUUUUUACUGAUUAUUGUCAGAUGUGUGUCGGUGGCUUUUAAAUGUAUAAUUCUUCUUUUCCCCUUUUUUUUAAUUUCCGUUUACA